AUGAAUCUGAAGACUUGCUUCCUCCUGAUCACUGCCUGCUUCGCUUUAGCCUUCCCUCUCAUCAUUGGUCCGGUAGUAAAGGUUUCCCAGUUAUCCUUCUGUGGCCCCCAUGUCAUCCCCCACUUUUUCUGUGACCUUGCCCCCCUGAUUCAUCUCUCCUGCUCUGACACCAGCUCUACUGAAAGGUUGGCCUUUGUCCUCGCUUCGGUUAUCCUUUUGACAUCCCUUAUCAUAACCAUCAUUGCAUACAGCAACAUAGUAGUCACAAUUGUGCAACUCCCAUCAGCCAAGGAGAAAAAGAAAGCUUUCUCCACCUGCUCCUCUCACCUCAUAGUUCUCUCUCUGAUGUAUGGCAGUAGCGUCUUUAUAUAUGUGAAACCAAAGCAGACGAACAGGCUGGACUCCAGUAGGGAGGCUGCCCUUGUGACAACGGUAGUGACCCCACUGCUCAACCCUGUCAUCUACACUCUGCGGAACAAGCAGGUCCACCAGGCUCUGAGGGAGACAAU